AUGGCUUCAGACAUCGCCUUGCGCACCACCAAACCGCCAGCCCACGACCAGGGCCUGGACGACGAGGCCAAACAAUGGUCCGUCUACACCGAGACGCGUUCGACGAUCGGCGAGAACCCGCUCAGCCCAGAUGAGCUCGACAAGACGAAGCGGUACAUGAAUGCCACAUUGUACUUGUGCUUGGGCAUGCUGUACUUGAAAGAGAAUCCGCUGCUAAGAGAGGCAUUGAAGAAAGAGCACAUCAAGCCGAGAUUGCUGGGACAUUGGGGAAGUGCUGCUGGGCAAUCGUUCACCUAUAUCCACAUGAAUAGGUUGAUCAAGAAGUACCGUCUGGACGCCUUCGUUAUUUCAGGACCUGGUCAUGGAGCUCCUGGUCUAAUCUCCAACUUUUACCUCGAGGGAGUCUACAGCGAAGUCUACCCAAACAAGAGCGAGGACGUUGAGGGAUUGCAACGCUUUUUCAAGCAAUUCUCGUUCCCAGGUGGCGUUGGAUCGCACAUGACACCAGAGACUCCAGGCUCCAUCCACGAAGGUGGUGAGCUGGGAUACUCGCUGUCACACGCUUUUGGUGCCGUCUUUGACAACCCGAACACAAUCGCCUUGACCAUCGUUGGAGAUGGCGAGUCAGAGACAGGUCCCCUGGCUACCAGCUGGCACAGUAACAAGUUCCUCAACCCGAUCAAGGAUGGUGCAGUAUUGCCAGUCCUUCAUCUCAAUGGCUACAAGAUCAACAACCCAACACUCCUCGCACGUGUCUCGCAUGAAGAGCUGGAGGCAUUGAUGAAGGGUUACGGAUACACUCCAUACUUCGUUGAGGGUCACGAUCUCGACUCUAUGCACCAAGCCAUGGCCGGCACUCUGGAGCAUUGUGUCAAUGAAAUUCGGAAGUUCCAGAAACAAGCACGCGACUCUGGCAAGGUCUUCCGUCCACGAUGGCCAAUGAUUGUGCUGCGAUCACCCAAAGGAUGGACUGCGCCAAGAGAAGUUGAAGGCCACUAUCUUGAGGGAUUCUGGCGUGCUCACCAGGUCCCUCUUACGAAGGUGCUCACAGAUGACACUCAGCUGAAGGCCCUCGAUCAGUGGAUGCGUGCCUACGGACCCGACAAGCUCUUCGACGAGUCAGGCAAGCUAGUACCAGAGUUGAGAGAACUGGCUCCUCCCAAAGGCAAGAGGAUGGGUGAGAACCCAAUCACGAACGGUGGCUCCAUCCGCAAGCCACUCAGAAUGCCAAGGUUCCAGGACUAUGAGAUCAAGGUCGACAAGCCAGCCGUGUCAUAUGGACCUAGCAUGGCCAACUUUGCCAAAUUUCUCCGAGAUGUCAUGAAGAACAACAUGGACAACUUCCGUGUCUUUGGACCAGAUGAGACCGAGAGCAACAAGCUGUCUGCGAUCUAUGAAGCAGGCAAGAAGAUCUGGGUGAACGGGUACCUGAAAGAGGACGAGGACGGUGGUAACCUCGAUCCAAACGGCAGAGUCAUGGAGAUGCUUUCCGAACACACUGUGGAAGGCUGGCUCGAAGGCUAUACACUGAGCGGCAGACACGGUCUGCUCAACUCCUACGAGCCAUUCAUUCAUAUCAUCGACUCGAUGGUCAACCAACAUGCCAAGUGGCUCGAGAAGUGCGCCGAAGUCUCUUGGAGGGAGGCUGUUUCGUCGCUGAACAUCCUUCUUACCAGCACAGUCUGGCGUCAAGAUCACAACGGCUUCACACAUCAGGAUCCUGGUUUCCUUGAUGUUCUCUGCAAUAAGUCUCCAGAGAUUGUUCGCAUCUACCUUCCACCGGAUGGCAACUGCCUACUCUCCACCAUGGAUCACUGCCUGAAGAGUACAAACUACGUCAACUGCAUUGUCGCCGACAAGCAAGUGCACCCCCAGUACCUAUCAAUGGAUGCUGCGAUAGAGCACUGCACCAAGGGUCUGGGCAUUUGGGACUGGGCUUCGAACGAUGCUGGCCAGGAGCCAGACGUCGUCAUGGCGUCCUGUGGUGAUGUUGUUACGCAGGAAGCGCUAGCCGCCACCGCACUUCUCAGACAAUAUCUGCCCGAGCUCAAGAUCCGGUUUGUCAACGUCGUUGACCUCUUCAAGUUGAUACCUAAUGGCUAUCAUCCACACGGACUCACCGACCGCGAGUACGGAGCAAUCUUUACGACAGAUAAGCCUGUUGUCUUCAACUUCCACUCCUACCCUUGGUUGGUGCACCGCCUCACGUACAACAGGAAGGGCCAAGAGCGCAUGCACGUCCGUGGCUACAAGGAGAAGGGCAAUAUCGAUACACCGCUCGAGCUUGCCAUCCGCAACGAGGCCGAUCGAUUCUCGCUGGCCGUACGUGCCAUCGACAGCUUGGAAGAGGUACUCGGCAACAAGGGCGCGGCUGCACGUGAGAAGUUGAUUGAGCAGCGUAUUCGCAGCACGAACUACACUUACGAAACUGGGCUGGACCCAGAGGAGUUUACCGACUGGAAGUGGCCCUAUUAG